GCUCAUGCCAACCUACCCACCAACAAGCAGUACUGCUGUACACGUACCCCCAGCAAUUCACGUAGGUUUUACAUCCCCACAAUUAAUUCACCUUCCUGCUGACACUGCAUGAAUCCAUCCAUCCGCCCGCUCGGGUGUGUAGAAUCAAUUUACUACCACCAUAAUUGAUGUUAGAAUAAGAUAGACAUCGACGCGAUGGAGAAGAGAGAAAACUAAGCAAAGCAAAGCCCCCUGUUCUUGCUAAUUAUUACUGUCAUUGCUUCUUCUUCUUCUUCUUCUUCUUCUUCUUCUUCAAGACUUCUGUUGGGAUCUGCAACUCCCACUCCUCCCAAAGAGGCGCAAAUCCAUCCGAUCCUUGUGGGGAAAGCGAGUAUCUUUUCUUUUACCACACCUUCCUUUCUUCUUUUUUUUUUGGUCCCUCACUCCCUUUCUCUCUUGUUAUUUUCUUUUUGUUUUUCGUGUUUCCUUCCAUCUGAGCUCCCGAUCGCCUUUUUAGAUGUUAAAAGGAUGAGAGAAAUAUGGCAUAUUGGAUCUGCUGAAAUCUCUCACCGUCUUCUUUCCCGUUGUGUAGAACAAAAAUUUGAGAGAAAUCGAAGAGAUCUGCUGGAAACCGAGUUGCGCGGAAAGAUACUGGUCUUUGUUUUCUUCUUCUUGUUCCUUUCUUAUUGUUGAUCUGAUCGGUAAAGAAUAAGACGCGAGCUUUUCGGAUCUCCACGUUCUUCCACUUACUCACACCACUGGAAGAAAAGAAGACAAAGAUCUGCUUAAUUACAUCUAAUUACAAGAGCAUGUUUUGAUCCCAAAGCUUUUUCUUUCAUGUCCCAAAGGUAUGGUCUCAGAUCUCAGUAUCACCCCAAAGAUAUUUUAUCUGAUCAUUGAGGGAGAAACCCUAAGCCUAACCCUAAGUGUUAGACUGCCUUCUGCUUCUUCUUCCGUGCAAUUAUUCUCGCCAGCGACGUGAUCUCUUCGCCGGAAAGGCUGAAAUCGAACCCAACCAUCAGAAUAAUUUGUGAGUUUGUUUGUUGUUUUCAUGCUUUCCUUUUAUAAGGGAGGCGAGGGAGGUGGAUGUCAUCGAACUCUCCGUGCGCGGCGUGCAAGUUCCUGCGGCGGAAGUGCACGCCGGGAUGCGUAUUUGCACCAUACUUUCCGCCGGACCAGCCUACCAAGUUCGCGUAUGUGCAUCGGGUGUUUGGGGCCAGCAACGUGUCCAAGAUUCUCAGCGACCUGAACCCCGCACAGCGGGAGGACGCGGCCAAUUCGCUGGCCUACGAAGCCGAGGCACGGCUUCGCGACCCGGUCUACGGCUGCGUAGGUUACAUCUCGUUCCUCCAGCACAAGCUGAAACAGCUCCAGCAUGAUCUCUACAACGCCAAGAAGGAGCUCUCGAGCUACAUCGGCCCUGCCGCACUCGGGCCCUUCCUUCCCCAUCACCACCACCAGCGUCAGCACCACCUCCUCCCGGGGCCGUCUCCCUCCUCGGCCGCUUACGGCAUUCCGGGAAUGGGGGUCGAGAUGGGGCUCGGCCUUGCUGCACCCGGCACGUCGCAGCAGUCCCAGAUCCUGAUGCGCGAAGAGCAGCAGCCGCCGAUGGCCGAGGCCCAGCAAAUGGCCAUGGCUCAUGUGGCCGCAGCCAGAGAACAGGAGAUGAUGAUGAGGAGAUAUGAGCAGCAACAGGAGCUUGCGAGGUUUAGCACUACAGGUUUUCCGGAUGGCGGUAGGGGCUAUAACCAGAUCGGUAGUGGCGCCAUGGUGGCAAUGGCGACAGAGCCUCAUCCUGGGAUGGAUUUGGUUCCUUCUCCACUGUCAUUUGAGGGGCCGUUUCCGGCACAACACUUCACCGGGCAGCACCACCAUCAUCCGCCGCAGAUGCAGCCAGAGCACCAUAGAACCGGGAGCGACGAGGGGAGGAGUGGCAUCGGUCCAUCGUCUUGAAAAAGACGAGUAAAAGAAGAAAAAUUAAGUAAUCACUUUUAAUUGCUGAAAAUAUAGUUCAAACUUAGUCAUAAUUCUCUGUAACUUCUGCUAAAGACGGCAUGCAGCUCUCCUCUCUGAGUUAUAGAAUUCUCUCCUUCUUCUGCCACUCAAAUGGCAUCUCUUCGAAUAAAUGAUCAAGUAUAGAACUCUAUUUAUGAUA